AUGGAGCAUGUUUGUGAUAAGUGCGCCAAGCCGACAAAAGAAUCCGACUAUAUUAAAUGCCAGGGCUUUUGCGAAACGGUGGCUCACUUUAAGUGCGCUGGCCUAAGCAGCCAGUUGUUUACUAAAGUAAAAUCCCACACCGAUAAUGUUCUCUGGUUUUGCGACGGUUGUCUAAAGCUAUUGAAAUGGGCUACUUUUCGCCCUACAAUUGCUGCACUUGGUAACACUAUUGCCGAAUUAGUUACACAACAAACUGCCGCCAUCAAUGAAUUGAAGGAAGUGAUUCGUAAGGACGGAAUGAAAUCCGCUUAUCCGGUAGCCUCGAAAUCUGAUAUAACGCCGCGUGCUGCUCAAAACAACUGGCCGUCUAUCCACCGUCCGGCACCUAAGCGCCGUAGAGAAGACCAGUUUAUUUCCAACCGGGACAUCAUUGUUGGAACGAAUGCCAAUUUGUCGACGACAGUUGCCACUGUUCCUUUAACGGAAAAAAAAUUCUGGAUUUACUUAUCCAGAAUUCACCCCGACGUACCGGUUCAGAACGUCCAUGACAUGGUAAAGGAAUGCUUACAGUGCGACGACCCACCUGAAGUUGUUAAAUUGGUGAAAAAAGAUGUCGACAUGAACUCGCUGCGAUUUAUCUCCUUCAAAGUGGGUGUCGAUCCAAAGCUCAAAACUGCCACUCUAUCACCAAGUACAUGGCCCGCCGGAAUUUUCUUUAGAGAAUUCGAGGAUUAUGGGUCAAAAAACGGCCGUGGAGUAACAACAGUAACGCCUAUGGUGGCUUCACCGGUUAUUCCUUAG